UCCCGCCCGAGCCCCAGCAGCAGCAGCAGCAGCCCGGAAGAAGCCGGCAUGCCGUGCAGGAGCGCGCACUCCCGGCAGCUGACAAUACCAGGUUUUAACAGAGAAGGAUCAUUCCGACCUAGAACUUCACAACUCCGGCAUAGGAAAACACCAAGUUUUCAGAAUAAUUUUGGCUGUGGAGUCCUUGGAGAUUUGGAAAAAGGCUCAAACGACAUUGAUGCACAUUUAUUUGCUGUACUUCCUAAAGUUUCAGAAUUAAGAAAACUCUUUGAGCCCAGCAGGAAAGCAGUCUCAGAGAUGAAGAGAAAGGAGAGAAUUGCCAGGCGAUUGGAAGGCAUUGAAAAUGAAGCCCCCCCUAUAAUGUUACAGAAUCGAUUACUGGAGGAAGACACCCCGAGAUAUACGAGAGCCACAGAUGCUUAUAAUCCCCAUAUAGGUCAUGAAACUUAUGACGACACGUCAGAGUCUUCAGUAGAAACGCAUUCUAGAUUACGGUAUCAUUCACAGUCUGCAGAUAAUCAAUCUGAGACUGCUAGUAUUCCGGGACACAUGGAUGCACACGAACAGGAAUCCAAAGCGGAAAGGAUAGCUCGGUACAAGGCAGAACGCAGGCGUCAGUUGGCUGAGAAAUAUGGACUCCCUAUGGACUCUGAAGGAGAUUCCGAAUAUCAGUCCAGGUAUACACGAACAAGGAAUGACAGCGAUACUUCAGAAAAGAAGUCAGGCAUUUGUGAUGAUAAUGAAAUGAAGGAUAACAGUUCUGAUUACUUGUAUCGAGCAGAGAACAGGGAGCCGAGGCGGGUUCGUCCCACUGACUCUAAACAUGACAUUAACGAAAACUUGUCUGCCAGAGAUGCUCUACAGAACCUGGAUAAUAACAACCAAUUUUGUGGGAUCUCCUCAAUAGAUGGCACUACUUCCUUUUCUGCAUCAGGGCAAGGAAAUAUUUCUGGCGACGCACCACGAUCACCAAAGUUUCCUCGCCGUGCAUCUCAGACCUCUCCAAAGCACUCUUCGUCCCCUAGUUUUUCUACUGAGCAGCAGGUGGACACAAGGCAAGGUUCAGGGAAGCAGAAACCAGAAUGGUUCCUUCAGAAAGAUUCCGAUGGGGACACUGCGUCUCUCAUCAGCUGGCCUUCCAGAGUAAAAGUUAGAGAGAGACUUGUGAGAGAUGAGAACAUGCAUGGGAGUCCAAAAUUUGACACAGAACCUUCUACCCAAAAGAAACAUCAUGCUGCCCCCGUCUACUAUAUGCCUUUUCAGUCAGAGAACUCUGCCUUCGAUAGGGUUUAUAAGCAGCCAAACCAUCUCCGCCAUCCUAUCCAUGGCUACAUCCAGCCAGCCAAUGUUGCUCGUAUACCGAAGAUAGUGUCACGGACAGAGUCUGAUAAUGUUAUGGUGUCAGCAUUUACUACCUCAUUAAAAAAUCCCAGAGCUGUCAAUGAAGUGAAUGUUGAGAAGACUCGUCAGGUUUAUCAAGGUAUGACCACCACACUUGAGCCCCUCAAAGCUGAGACUAGUAAUGGUAAACUGCAUGGCUCUUUUGAUGAAAAGCCAAUCAAUAUUUUAUGGAAUGCCAACAAACAGAAUACAGAUGAAGUGCUGGCACCGAAAAAUCAACAGUCCUAUAUUUCACAAACUGUUUCCCCUCUUAACAAGACCCCUGAUAACAUGGGAAAAACUGAAGCCAUGAUGUAUCUACAAAGCAACCAGACAACCUCACUCCCAGCCAAAUCUAUAGGGCAACCUAAAGAAAUUUCCACCAUGAAGCAUAAAAUGCUUGUACGUUCCCUAUCUGACUCUACUGGGACACAAAAGCAGGAAGCUUUUAAAAUUAAGAAUUCAGAUGAAGAAAAAGGGAUGGUUUUUUUAGGCACUGAAGAUAGUUCCCACAUUGCCAACGGAGAAGCUGGUUCAGUCAACACGAAGGUGUCUGUGGCUCAACUUAGGAGUGCCUUUUUGGAGACUGCAAACUUGAGCAAAAAGGCUGACCCUGAACCUAAAGUUGAAAUGCCAAUGCCAGGUGUUGAUAUGAGCACCUCCAAUGAGCAGGAAAGAGGCCCACGGAGGCCAAGACUCUAUUUCUCUCCUGGGGACAAUAGAAAAACUUCUGAAAGAUUUAGAACUCAACCUGUAACUUCAGCCGAGAGAAAAGAAACAGAUAGGACAACGUUUUUUCCACCAGUGCAGACAGCUGAAGAUGAAGCAAAAGUUGAUGAAAGAGCAAAACUCAGCGUGGCUGCAAAGAGGCUCCUGUUUAGGGAAAUGGAAAAACCUCUGGAUCCAAACACCACUAAGACACGUCCUAGAAAUGCAGCUGUGGAGAGAAGGCUGCGCCGUGCGCAGGACAGGUCCCGGACCCAGCCUGUGACCACAGAAGAAGUGGUGAUUGCAGCGACCAAGCCUAGCCCUGCAGCACACACAGUGACUACACACACUGUAGCCCCAAGGGUCCCUAGCCCCUCUGUAACUAAGAGUUCUGUGCACCGUAUCAGUCUGCAGGCGUCUGCACACCAGAAAGCUGUGUCGAAGACUGAACCGGAAUUGGCUAAAGAAACCAGUGUUGAGCAAGAUAUCCCUGAAGAGCCGGACUCCUCCUCUCUGUCUUUGGCUGAGAAGAUGGCUUUAUUUAACAAACUUUCCCAGCCCAUCACUAAAGAGGUAUCGGUCCGAAGCAGGAUGGAUAUCAGACAGCGAAGAAUGAAUGCACGCUAUCAAACUCAGCCUGUUACUUUGGUAGAAGUUGAACAGCUUAAGAGUGGAGGUGAAAAGAUCGCUCCAUUACCGCAAACCAUUGUAACAUCCGUGGCAACUUUAACUUCCCGCUCGUCGCCUGUGUAUCCUGGGGACAUAAAUGUCACAAAGCCAUCGAAUUAUGAUGAGAGAAUAUCCAGCAUCUCCAGCACUUCAACUGCGCUUCACACUUCAGUGGACUCGGGAAACAUUACAGAGAGGAGCCUGUUGCUGUCAGAGCUGUGGAGCUCUUCUCCUACUGAUAAAGCCAGAGACAAGGAGCUGAAGAAGCCAAUGCUAGAUGAGACCAGGGUGCCGGUGGCACCAGAACGCAGCAUGAGUAAAUGUAGCUCUGCUCGCAAAGAAGCCAUCCAUUCUAUUCUGGACUUGUCAAAGGAGGAAGCGGCGAUAGACCACAAAUCGCUUGGGCAUGUCACCUCAAGUAACAGCACGGUGGAAUUGCUCAGUCCGCAGACACUGUUGCAACCUGCUGUGCUACAAGAUCUGCCAAUAGCAGAAAGCACCCCGCAGGUAGAGCUGGAUGAUUUGCAGCCUGAGAGGACGGCUCUGCAGUCAGACACAAGCUUGUGGAGCGUGAAAGGUGCUAGUGCAGAGAUUGUGGAGCCGGCCUCUCUACCUCUUGGCAGCGCUUCAGCACAGGCAGCUUCUCACACUUCGCCCGCCGUGUCCUGCAGACCACAGGCAGUAGAGCCAGAAGAAGGGAAGCCCUGUGAGAAAACAGCUGAUAUUCCCCAAGCCAUCGAGAUCCAGACAGAGGAGGAUCUUGACAUCUCUGGCAAAAGCAUGUCCAUCCGAGACAGGUUGGCGCUGUUGAAGAAGAGCGGGGAGGAAGACUGGAAGAACAGGAUUAACAAAAAGCAGGAGUACAGCAAAGUAUCUGUCAUAGAGCGCAGCUCUCACACCCAGCUGCAAGAAAUUGAGCAGUCGCUGAAAAAGAAGGAAGAAGGAGAUAUUAAAGAUGAUUAUGUCCACAAUAAUCAGCUGUGGGAACCUGUCUAUGCUUCUAUUUACUCUCCUGCUAUCCCUGCUGCCUAUAAAUGCCAGCACUUUAUUCCCAUACAUCAGGUCAGUAAUGAUAGCAUGAGAGUCUCAAGUCCGGUGAUGUUUGCUGAACGUCAUCCUUGGAGAUGGAAGCAGAGAGCCACUGAUGGCAAUGGACUACACAUGUCCAUUGAGGAGAGGAAACAACAGAUCACUGUCCGAGAAGAGGCCUGGAAGUCUAAGGCUAUUGGAGCUUUCAAUGACUCCACUCAGUUUACUGUUGCCGGGCGCAUGGUUAAAAAAGGCUUGGCCUCACCUACAGCUAUAACACCUGUAGCAUCACCACUGGCCCUUAAACUGAAAUCCACAAAUGUUGUUUCCAAGCCUGCUGAAGAAAUUGAAGCCAAGCCUGAUAUGUCUUUGGAAUCUGAUAGAAAGUUGGAUAAACUAGAAUCCUUCUUGGGAAGGCUGCACAAUAAAGUUGGAGGACUGCAGGACACAACUCUGGCAGUCACCAGUAAAUCUGUGAAAGAAGUUAUGAAACUCGAUGAUGAGACGUUUUCCAGGUUCUACCGUCCCCUGGAAUUCACAGCCAGCUCUGUGCCGUUUGACUUUGAUGAAGACUUUGAUAUUUUAUUUAGCUCUGAGGAACCAAAGUUAACCUCUGCUGUCGCAGAACACAAGCGUGCAGUGAGACCAGUGCGCAAGGUCCAGGCCUCUGGGAACCCACUGCGAAUGCUCGCAGCUCGAGAGGAUAUCCUGCAGGAGUACACGGAGACCAGACUGAAUGUGGCGUUUAUGGAGUCCAAAAGAAUGAAAGUGGAAAAAAUGUCAAAAAAUUCUAAUUUUUCUGAAGUGGCCCUGGCCGGCUUGGCAAGUAAAGAAAACUUCAGCAGCGUCAGUCUGCGGAGUGUCAACCUCACAGAACAACACUCCAACAAUAGUGCAGUGCCAUAUAAGAAGCUUAUGUUAAUACAGAUUAAAGGACGCAGGCAUGUCCAGUCGAGGCUGGUAGAGCCUCGAGCUUCCUCCCUAAACAGUGGUGACUGUUUCCUGUUGAUCUCACCACACUUCUGUUUCCUUUGGGUUGGAGAGUUUGCUAACGUCAUUGAGAAAGCAAAGGCUUCAGAAUUGGCCACCAUAAUUCAGACAAAGAGGGAGAUCGGCUGUAGGGCGUCAUAUGUGCAGACGAUUGAGGAGGGGAUAAACACACAUACUCAUGCUGCUCGGGACUUCUGGAAACUUUUAAGCGGCCAGACAGAGCAUCAGGAUGCUGGAACCCCAGAGGAAGAUGAGCGCUACGAAAAUGCAAUCAUUGAAACAAACUGUAUCUACCACUUACUGGAUGAUAAACUGGUCCCUGUUGAUGAAUUCUGGGGUAAAAUUCCCAGGUGUUCACUUCUACAGUCUAAAGAGGUGCUGGUGUUUGACUUUGGCAGUGAGGUAUAUGUGUGGCAUGGAAAGGAGGUGACAUUGACUCAGCGGAAAGUGGCAUUCCAGCUAGCCAAACACCUAUGGAAUGGGGUGUUCGAUUAUGAAAACUGCGACAUUAAUCCUCUAGAUCCUGGAGAAUGCAAUUCUCUUAUACCAAGGAAGGGACAUGGACGCCCAGACUGGGCAAUAUUUGGUCGGCUAACAGAACACAAUGAAACCAUACUGUUCAAAGAAAAGUUCCUGGACUGGACAGAAAUGAAGAAACCCAAUGAGAAGGCUUUGUGUGAGGAACUCCCAAAGCAAAAGGCAAACGCGCUAGAUCUAUAUAAUGUGGGGGAGAAGCAGGAAGAUGUGAAGGCGUAUGAUGUCAUGCUGAUGGUUCCCGUCUCCCAGGCGGCUGUAGGAACCGUUUUGGAUGGAUUUAAUGUUUACCGUGGUUAUGGGCUCAUUGAAGGAGACGACGGGAGGCAGUAUGAGAUAACGACCGUAUCAGUUGAUGUCUGGCACAUUUUGGAAUUUGAUUACAGUCGGCUGCCGAAACAGAGCAUUGGUCAGUUCCACGAAGGUGAUGCGUAUGUGGUGAAAUGGAAGUACUUGGUGAGCACAACAGUUGGGCAACGGCAAAAAACGGAACAUGUAAGGGUGACUGGAAAAGAAAAGUGCGCUUACUUCUUCUGGCAGGGCCGCCAUUCACCUGUGAGCGAAAAGGGCACGUCGGCACUAAUGACCAUCGAGCUGGACGAGGAGAGAGGAGCGCAGGUGCAAGUGCUUCAAGGGAAAGAGCCUCCAUGUUUUCUCCAGUGUUUCCAAGGGGGAAUGAUUGUCCACGCUGGGAGGAGAGAGGAGGAGGAAGAAAAUGCACAAAGUGAUUGGAGGUUGUAUUGUGUCCGAGGAGAGGUUCCCAUGGAGGGAAAUCUAAUUGAAGUUGCUUGUCACUGCAGCAGCCUCCGAUCAAGGACCUCUAUGAUACUGCUCAAUGUAAAUAAAGCGGUGAUCUACCUUUGGCAGGGCUGCAAAGCACAAAGCCACACAAAGGAAGUAGGGAGGACCGCAGCCAACAAAAUAAAAGAGCAACGUCCUUUAGAAGCCGGGUUACAUAGCAGCAGUAACGUGACUAUAUAUGAAUGUGAUGAAGGGUCUGAACCACUAGGAUUCUGGGAUGCGCUGGGAAGGAGAGACCGCAAAGCCUAUGACUGCAUGCUACAAGAUCCUGGGAAAUUCAACUUCACUCCACGGUUGUUUAGUCUCAGUAGUUCAUCUGGAGACUUCACAGCUUCAGAAUACAUGUAUCCGUCCAGAGAGCCAUCUGUCGUAAACUCCAUGCCUUUCUUACAAGAGGACCUGUACACAGCCUCACAACCAGCUUUAUUCCUUGUUGACAAUCAUCACGAGGUUUACCUCUGGCAAGGCUGGUGGCCUGUGGAAAACAUCAUUACUGGGUCAGCUCGAAUAAGAUGGGAUACUGAUAGAAAAAGUGCCAUGGAGACUGUAUUACAAUAUUGCAAAGGAAAGAAUAGUAAAAAGCCUCCUAAGUCAUAUCUAAUUCAUGCUGGCCUGGAACCGCUGACUUUUACCAACAUGUUCCCAAGCUGGGAGCACAGAGAAGAUAUCGCCCAGAUCACAGAAAAGGAUGCUGAAGUCUCCAAUCAGAUAAUCCUUGUAGAGGACGUUCUGGCCAAACUUUGUAAAAGGCUCUACCCCUUGUCAGAACUUCUAGCUCGCCCCCUGCCGGAGGGAGUAGACCCCUUAAAGCUUGAAAUUUACUUGUCAGAUAAAGAUUUUGAGAUUGCAUUAUCAAUGACCAGGGAGGAGUACGACACGCUGCCAUCAUGGAAACAAGUCAACGUCAAAAAAGCUAAAGGACUUUUCUGAGAGAGCAAGAACAAGACUAGACCUUCAUGGAUUGCUAGAUCCUGCAGAUCUCUUCCAGCUGCCUCACCACUAAGAAACACUACUGCAUUUUGCACUCGUUGUGUUAUUACAUCUGUACACAUUUCAUGUACUGUUGUGUAAAGGACAGUGAAAUGAAGGGCUUUGUUGAAACCCCACUGAAGUCUGGUCAUCACGCUGCCUGUUGAAUCAUGUCCCGUUGUAAAUGUACUAAAGAACUAUUCUACAAAUCAGUGUUUCUCUGAGGAAUCUCGCUACUAUCUACCAUGCACUUAUACAAAAUGCAAACAUAUUCCUUUGCUGCAAACAUAAUCGUAUUGAAUAGGUUCUCUUUUGUAAAUGUUUCUUUGUUUGUUCAAUCCUAUAGAAUGUAUUUAUAUAAACACUGUAUUUAACUAUGCAAUAUUAUCACUGUGUAAGAUUUGUGUGUUAUUACACAAACCAUUAAGUACCAAUGUCAAUUCUGUGCUACCAGUGGAUACCCUAAGGAUAUCUAUAUACAGUAUGCAUUUGUGACCUAGUUUUAGGGAUUUUUUUUUAUUUUGUUCUUUCCUCCUUUACAUUUGCUGUCGUGCCCCAUCGACUGCAUUGGUGAUCAAAUUAUGUGUGGACUUGCUGCUUUCCACAGUGCCCUCCAGUGGUACAGUAUUGGAAGUUUAAAGUUAGCUGUCCCAGUUUACGAUCAUUGUGUUCUAGAAUGUCCGGUAUCCUACAUGGUUCUCCUAUAGAAAACCACUGCUAGAGUCACUUCACGGUUUUUUUUGUUUGUUUGUUUUGUUUUCUUCCUUGGGCUUUAAUUUCAGACUGAAGGGGUUCAUAUAACAUUGUAUAGUGCCUUGUUUUUUGUGUACAGUUUAUAUACAGGAAAAAAUAGUCUGCAUUUUGGAAGCAGUUAUAAAAGCAUCUGAUAUUUGUACUUUAUAAUAGAAUACAUCUCAGUUUCUAAUACCUGAUGUAAACUUUAAAUGUGUAUUUUGUGAUAUAAGAACCUGAAUUAAAAACCAAAAAAAAAGCUUCACAGAA